AUGCAGCUGCAGCGGUUGGAUGCUCUUUCGCGGUCUCCCAUCCAAGCUCACUGCAGUGAGUCUCUCAAUGGAAUGGUGACUAUCAAAGCCUUCGAGUGUGCACGUGAUUAUAUUGCUCGCAACUACGACAUUGUGGACGAGAACACCGCUGUGUUGCUUGCCUUUACAUCCAGCCAG